AUGCAUCCCCUAACCCUCCUCCCCCUCCUCCUCCUCCCCCUCACCACAGCCCUCACCCCACGCGACAUCUCCAUCCAGACCUUCGAACGCGCCUUCCUCUCCACCAUCCCCUGGUCCCACCCGAACCACACCACAAAACUAAUCGGCUUCAAACGCAUCCUCCUCACCCCCUCGCAACACGCCCACCUGGCCUCCUCCAUCGCCUCCUCCCCCGCCCAGUGGGCCGCCUUCACCUCCGCCUACCACGACCCGGACGAACGCACCAUGCGCGUCUACUUCCCCGUCGAGAACGCCCUCAUGUACCACCACGACGCCCUCAUCGAGGCCAACACCCACGGCGAACACCCGCACGAGGAGAUUGCAGGCGACCUCGCAGUCCUCGGCCGCUACCGCACCGACGCCGUCACGGGCGUCCCCGGGAACGUGCUCAGGGACGGCGUGAUCUACCUCGCGGAGCCGGCGUACCCGGUCCGUCGGUACGGCGAGGCGGGGAACAUCCUCGUGUACGACUUUGGCUGGCGCGAGGGGGCCCACGAGCACUCGCACGAGCACGACCGUACCAUCGGGCCCCGCGCCGAGGGGAAGGGCGGCUCGUGCAAGCAGAACCACGGCGGGAGGGUGUGUUCGCAGGUGUACGGGAUCAACCACGGGCGAUGCCCGCGGGAUUACUCGGGGUGCAUCGAUUACAACGGGUGGCCGGUGAAGUCGUGCAAGGACCACGGCAACAAGUUCGCGUUCCCGGGGAGCGACUGCUUCACGGCCGUUGCGAGGGGUCACUGCUGGAACGAGAUUCCGGGGUGA